GCAGCGGUGAGCGGCACCUUCACGCCUCCUGUCCAAAAAGCAAGAAAGCCAAGCCCGAUAUGAGCGACUGAGAAGCCGGGAGACGACAAGAUAAAUCCCGGUCGCUUCUUUGUGGAGAGUCUCUUGUUCACCGGGAGCUACGUUGGACCAGGAAAUACCGUCAGCAUGGAGCUUUGUGACAAAGAAAUAGUUUCUGGAGAGAUCCUGCCUGUGGUCAUUAUUGGCAACGGCCCAUCAGGGAUCUGCCUGUCCUACCUGUUGUCGGGCUACACCCCCUACCUGUCACCCGAGGUGUCACACCCCAACCCGCUGCUGCACAGCAAGCUAGCCGAGCAGCCUCGCCUGUCGCUACUAGAGCAGGACCUGGAGUACCUGUGCGAGGGUCUGCAGGGACGGUCGUCCAAUCCGGUGGCCGUCCUUUUUGAUUCGCUGCUGCUCCCUGACAGCGACUUCGGACUGGACCAUACGUCUCCGUUGGAGUGGCGAUACGAGCCCGAGCGUGCAGUGCCACACUUGGUGUUAGGGAAAGGUCCGCCUGGAGGAGCCUGGCACGCGAUGGAAGGCUCCAUGCUAACGCUGAGCUUGGCCAACUGGAUGGAGCUGCCAGGACUCAAACUGAAAGACUGGAUGAAAGACAAACGAAGAAACGUCCGCAAUGACCGCGCCACACCGGCGGAGAUCGCCUCCUACUACGAGCACUACGUCUCCCAGAUGUCACUGGAGGACAACUUUGCCUGCAGGACCACCGUUACCUCGGUAACCAGGCAGCCCAGCAGCCAAGAGGGGUCACCUCCCUGCUGGAGAAUAAAGGGACUGCAUUGCCAUGAGGGAGAGGAGCUUGGAGAUGGUUCCACAUUAGAGAAGGUGCCUUUCUCCUUGUUGGCCCACAACGUUGUCCUGGCGACCGGGACUCACGACAUCCCGGCCAGACUUGGCGUGGAGGGAGAGUCCCUGCCCUUUGUAUGUCACUCCUUCUGGGAGCUAGAGGCUGCCAUCUCACGCGGCGAGUUGGAUGAGUCCUCGGACCCGGUGCUGGUGGUGGGGGCGGGUCUUACAGCGGCCGACGCCGUGCUGGCGGCCCACCAUCUCAGUACACCUGUCUAUCAUGUCUUUCGCCGCUCCGUGACCGACCCUGGCCUCAUCUUCAAUCAGCUGCCCAAAAUGCUCUAUCCGGAAUACCACAAGGUUCACCAGAUGAUGAUGCAACAGCAGCACCAAGCAAGUUCUCCUCCUCAGGAACAUCUCAACUCCUCAUCCCCACCCACGUCCUCGUCCUACACUGGCUACCUCAGCUUUCCCCGUCACAAAGUUGUAGCCUUCCGCCCCGAUCGCAAGUGUGUGCUGCAGUCGGACUCGGGCCAGUCCACGGUGGUCCAGGUUUCCAAAGCGUUGGUCCUGAUUGGGGCCCACCCUAACCUGUCUUUCUUGCCCGACAAUGGCCGUGCACUGGGCGUCUACCCCGAGGAGCCAAUCACGUGCCGGAGGAACCCGAUCGACGUGGACCCAUUCACUAAUGAAGUAGUGGCAGCCGAGGGUCCCGGCCUGUACGCCAUGGGCCCGCUGGUUGGCGAGAACUUUGUGAGAUUCCUGAAAGGAGGGGCCCUAGCCAUCGCUAGCGACGUCGCCAAGAGACAGAAGCAAGAAGACACGGGGGGGAGUUUAUUGUCCUCAGACAGAUUAGCGUACAAAAUGGUGGACAGACGCCCGCACGCCGAAAUCGCACAUUCAUAGCAACUUUUCCUGGACAGUAACGUUGCAUCCUGUACUCGAGCUGCAUGGUGACGACAAAUUCCAAUGGGGGACGCUUUGCCUUGUUUUAACAUCUAUGACUUUGUUACCUUUUAUAUGCUGAGUCAUCUAAUGGAUGAUAAUCUGCUUUUUUUACAUAGCAACAGCUAAAUAUGGACCAACUUUUAUCAACAUCACUGUAACGUUCCAUAAAAUGCAAACCUCAUCCUCCGGUCAUGUCGGUCCAAACUGAGCAGCAACACUGCAACUACCAAAGUUUUUACAAAUAUUUAACUUUAUUCUUAUUAAUAUUCUUUCUACAUGUACAAUUUUUUUUUUAAAGACCAAAGUCGUGGUUUUGACUUUGAAUGGCACAUUUGUACUGUUUUAUCUGUGUUCAUUUAUAAGAUCACAACAACAACAACGAUAUGUUACUAGUAUCUUCUCUCCUACACUUUUCGCCUGAAAAGGUGCCAUCUCCAAGUUGGGAAUGAGAUCCUGAUCCCAAUGAAUCAUUUAAGUACCUCUGGGUCUUGUUCACAAGUGAGAAAAGGAUGGUAUAAAGACCGAAAGAUUAGUGGCUGGUCUCCCCUUUAGAGAUACCUGGGCCUUGUCUGACCGGUAUAGGGGGCCACGAUGAAGACCCAGAACAUGUUGGAGAGACUCUGUCUCUCUGCUGGCCUGGGAAUGCCUCAGGAUAUUCCGGUCGGAGCAAGUCUGGGCUUCCUGUGACCCGACCAUGGAUAAGCAGAACAAGAUGGAUGCAUGCAUGGAUGUUCUCUACUCCAAAGGUGCAUCAAACUGUUAACUCCUUAAAGGGACAGGCACCAUAUUUGAUUAUAACACUUUAAGGCAGUAGCUCCCAGCCAAUCAGCAAAGAGAAGUUAUAAUAAUACCUAGUUCUGAAAUAUUUCAUGUAAUAAAGGGAGAGUAUUUCUAAAUAUGAAGGGUUAUUGAGGUAAAAAUAUUUCAGUGGGUGUUAUAAUAAAAUACAAUCUUGGUUACUGCUUUAACUAAAAAAUGAUAAAUUACCUGAACGGAAUCAACUAGACAAUAAUUUCGGACCUGAAAGAUCAUGGACUAAAAGUAAACAGGAAUAAACUGUGCCAAGGGACAAAGGGGAGGCUAACUGCGAUUAAUGAUUAAUUUCGCUUUCUUUUUGAUCAUUCCGACACAUGAAUACAACUGUAUGGUCAUGUUCAAGUGUGGGUCAUGUUUGGAUUCAAACGUUUGAAAUUAUUUGGCCAAGCAAAGAAGCCAUCGGUGCCUUCCAAGCCUUCUAAGAAUUAUGUCAACCAAUCAUUUUACAUCAAAUAUUAAUAAUACAAUUGGUAAAAUGUACUGUACAGAUUGGUCGGGCAUAUGUUUGUAUCUGCUACUUGAAGUCGGAUCAUGUCAGUUCCUAUUAAAAGUUACA